GGAGUUUGAUAGGAAGUAUUAGUAUUCCCUGUAUGGAUGAUGGAAUAUUACCUGUAUCUGUCUGUCUUGGUGGUUGUUGAGGAGGAAGAUUCCGACGGAUUCCUCCGUCUGAGACGAACGGACGGAGACGGAGUCGGAGUCCGUGUCCGUCUUAUACUCCCUAUACUCUUGCUCUUCUUAUACUUCUUUUCUCUUCUCUUCUUCUUUGAUAAUCUUCUAAUCACUACACUGUUCUACUCCUCCUCUGUCUAUUAUAAUGCCUACCAACAAAGCAGCGUGGAUUCCAGCCAAAAAAGCGGUUCCGCUACAAGUCGGCGAUGCCCCCUACACCCCCCCCGGUCCCGGGCAGAUCGUGGUGAGGAACGGCGCCGUCGGGAUCAAUCCCUUUGACUGGGUGCUGCAGAUGCAGGGUCCGCUCUUCGCGCCGCAUCUGCAGUAUCCGAUGGUACUGGGGAUCGACGUGGCCGGCACGGUCGUCGAGGUUGGGCCUGACGUGACGCGGUUCCAGGUAGGCGACCGGGUGGCCGGCAGCGCCGUGUCUGGCGACAAGUCGUCUGGGAAUGCCGCCGAGGGAGCGUUCCAGCUGUACAGCGUGUUGCGGGAGCAUAUGGUGGCUCCGGUUCCCGACGAGGUCAGCGACGAGCAGGCCGCCGUUCUGGGGCUCGGGAUAGGCACGGCGGCGUACGGGCUCUUCCACGCGAAUUAUCUGGCUCUCGAUCUGCCGCAGGUUCCGCCGCCGUCAAAUCCGCGACCGAGGGAAUCAUUGUCUCGGGUCAUCAUUAUCACGGGCGGCGCCUCGAGUGUCGGGAGUUGUGCGAUCCAGCUCGCCGUGUCGGCUGGGUACGAGGUGGUCUCGACCUCAUCGCCCAAGAACUUCGCGUAUGUCAAGGGGCUAGGCGCCUCGCAUGUCUUCGACUACAACAGUCCCACGCUGGUGGCGGAUCUGGUGCGUGUUCUCGACGGUCGUGAGCUGGUGGGAGCCUACACGGUGGGGGCCAACGCCGACCAGGUGUGUGCCGCCGUGAUGAAGGAGCGACUGGCCAAGACGCCCCAGCUGCCGACGAGGAAAUUCAUCGCUCUCGCGGGGGGUGCACGCAGGGGUCCCGAGGCCUUCAGGGGGACGCUCGCUCCAUACCGCAUGAUGGGCGGGAUGGUCAGCAUGAUGGGCCGGAAUGCCGUCACCAAGCUGCUGUCCGGGAUCGAGAUCAAGUUCAUCAUGAUUGUCGGUCUGGUUGAACCCGACAGCUGUGUCUCGCGUGUCUACCUUGACUUCUUGGGACCGGCUCUCGCUGCGAAGCAAUUUGUACCGGCGCCGGAGCCGCAGGUUGUCGGACGGGGGUUAGAGAAGAUCAAUGACGCUUUGGAGAUCAGUCAGGGGGGGGUUUCAGCCAGGAAGCUUGUUGUUUCUUUGCCUUAA